AUGGUUCAGCAGACACGGCAUCGUGCAAACCGGAAACAAGCCGGGACCGAAGCCGUCAACCCCCCACUGCCUACCAACGAGCCGCCGCAGAAGCAUCAACGCUCGUCCUGCUCUCACAAAGCAGCGAGCGCCUCUCGAACUUUACCGACACCACCCCCGGAAAAGAGGCAUCCUACACCCCUUGCCACCGCCGACAUCCUUACGGACAAGCAGGCCUGUCUGCGCCUCCGCAAUCGUGAGGCGGCCCAGAAAUGCCGUAAGCGGAAGCAGUGCGACAUCAGGGAGCUGCAAAAUAAGGAGGCCGCCGCGAGCGAGCUGAACCACGCCCUCGCGGCCGAGAUGUCCCAGCUGCGCAACGAGGUCCUAAUGCUCAAGACUUUAGUCCUGCAGCACGGCGGGUGCGGGUGCUCCUUCAUCGAGGAUUACAUCCAGUGCCAGGCGACGCAACUCAUCAAUUCGAGAGCCUCGAGCGUCGGCGACCUGACGUCCGUCAAGGCCGAGUACAUGAGGCCUACCGGCGGCGCGCUGUCGCCCGAGAGCGACCUGGGCGGCGGUGGUGGCUACUCAGUGCAGCUUUUCGGGUACCAGGACAAUCCAAACGCUCAGAUAGCGUGGGAGCCCGGUGAUGCCGCCCGCCUGUGGGAGGAGGCACAAGCGGGGGGCCUGGUAUCGGCCGUCGAGGGCGCCGCCAGCGGGCAAAACACUAUGGCGCCUUUUACGAUGGACAUAAUUAAUCAUUCUAUCGGUCUCCAUGUGUAG